GGUAAUGUAAUGUUGUCUUCUCUUUCCCACAGCUACGUCCACUAGAGUUCCUACGAUGACCAGUGACCCAGAGACAUCUACUACCAGCCAGUUCAGUUCACCUCUAUCUGAUGUACCUAUUACUGGUGUUACUACUGAUGGCUCAACCUUUCCAGAGGCUGAGUACAGUACAAGCUCUCUCACCUUUGUAUCUGCUAGUGAACUCACUACUGACACCAAAACCUUGGAAACCACCAGAGGAUAUGGUACAGAAUCCACUGUGUUUGUAGAAAGUAAUGAGGUCACUACUGAUGCCAACACGUCCAAUGCAGUUAGUGGAUAUACUACGGAUGCUGUUACAUCUGAUAGUACUAGUACAUACAUAACUUUUCCUACUACAACAGGUCAGACUGUUGAAAUAUCCACAGACUUCAAAACAUCUAAUGAAGCUACAGCUGAUUCCAUUACAUCUAGAAUUACAACUGAAGACACGACUCUCUACACUGCAACAGAAAUGUCUCCCGAACAAUCCACAGAAUCCACCACUAGAAUUUUUUUUACAAGCCCUACUGACUCCAUUAUCUCUGACACCACCAACAAAUAUACCAUUUACUCAACCACAACUGAAACAACUACAGGCUCCAUUACCUCUCAAGACAUGACAGAAUCUACAAUCAACAAUACGCAUAACAUUGUCUCUGAAACCACCAGAAUAUUUGCUACUGACACCAUCAUUACUGAAAUUACUGCAGACUCCAUUACAUCUGAAACAACUAGAGAAUCUACUACUGACCUUGCUGAAGUUCCUACUGAUUCCACUAUAACCAAAACCACCAUAGACUAUACCAACAGUCACACUGAAAGCAAGACCAUGUCAGUUGCAUCUGAAAUCACUAGUCAAUCAGUCACUGACCCCAAUACAACUGAAACACCUACAGAAAUAAUCUUGGACUCCACUACCCAUCAGACUACCAGAAAAUAUGAAACUGACUGGAGUACAGAAAAAACUACAAUUGACCCCAUUACAUCUAAAGCUAACACGGUCCCUACAACUGACUUAGUUACAACUGACAUAUCUACAGAAAGUGAUCUCACAACGACUGAUUCUAAUAUAAAGCAUACUACCGCCCCCACUAUUUUGGAUUCUAGUUCUGAAUACUCAACUGCUUCCAUUACAUUGCAAACUACUGGAGAAUAUACUAACUAUAAUUCCAUUUCAACUGGCAUUUCUAGCCAGUAUACAGAAACACUACAAACUACAUCCAAAAGUUCCACUUUUUCCAGCAUAUCUGAAACAUCUUCAGAAUAUUCCACAAUUUCGAAUACAAAGGAAACUACUACUGAAAACAUUAAUGACUACAAUACUUCUACUGGUACUAAAGAACCAUUAACACAGAAGACAACAAGUUCAGACAUGAGCACCUACACCACAUCUUCUUUUACUACUGGGUCUAUUACAUCUGAUAAUGUUAAAGAACCAUCAACACAGAAGCCAAGUCCUGACAUGAACAGUUAUAGCACAUCUUCUGUAACUACUGGGUCAAUUACAUCAGCAAAUACUAAAGAACCUUCAACACAGAAGCCAAGUCCAGACAUUGGCACCAACACCACAUCUUCAUUUACUACUGGGUCUAUUACAUCUGAUAAUAGUCAAGAACCAUCAACACAGAAGCCAAGUCCAGAUAUGACCAGCUACCCCACGUCUUCCAUUAUUCCUGGGUCCAUCACAUCUGAAGCUACUACAGAACAUACUACUAAAGUAUAUCUUACUGACUCCAUUACUGAGCUGUCAACACAGAAGGCAACAAGUUCAGACAUGAACAUUUACAUCACGUCUUCUGUAACUACUGGGUCCAUUACGUCAGAAAAUACUAAAGAACCGUCAACACAGAAACCAAGUCCAGACGUGGGCACCUACACCACAUCUUCAUUUACUGCUGGGUCUGUUACAUCUGAUAAUAUUAAAGAACCAUCAACACAGAAGCCAAGUCCAGAUAUGAUUAGCUACACCUCCUCUUCCAUUAUUACUGGAUCCAUUACAUCUGAAGCUACUACAGAACAUACUAUGACAGUAUAUACAACUAACCCCACAACUAAACUGUCAACACAGAAGACAAUAAGCCCAGACAUAAACAGCUUCACUACUUCUGUUAGUCCUUCCUUCAUUACAUCUCAAGUUACUAAAGAUUUUACUAGUAGAGUAUAUCCUACUGACUCUACCACUGAACUAUCAACACAGAAGACAAGUCCACAUGUAAGCAGCUACACUACUUCUUCCAUAACUGCUGGGUCUGAAGUUACUACAGAGCAUACUAGCAGAUUAUAUUCUACUGACUCAACCCCAAAACGACCCACAGAAAAGUCAACAAGUACAUACCCAAGCAGCUAUACUACAGCUUUCAAUACAGUUGGGUCUAUUACAUCUGAAGCUACUACUGUGCAUACUAGUAUAUUAUUUUCUACCAAAUCCACCAAUAUACCAUCUACACAGAAGCCAACAAGUGUACACACAAGCAAUGCUACAUCUUCCACAACCAAUUCAGGCAAAUCCUGUAAGAACGGUGGUUAUUUCAAUGGCCUAAACUGUGUGUGUAACCCCGUCUUCUUCGGCACUGUAUGUGAAUUUAUUGUGAAUGAAGUAAAGACAGAUAAAGUCCUCAUUAAAGUGGUGGUGACAGUCUACGUUGUGAAUGAAGAGUUUACAGAGGAUCUAAAAAACAAGGAGAGCAGCGUAUAUAAAAGCUUCGUAACCAGAUUCACAGACCAGAUGAAUGAUUUAUAUAAAGCCAAGGUCCUCAAUUUUCAGGAAGUCAGCAUAUCCUCUAUUAGUAAGGGAAGUAUACGUGUUGAUCAUGAGGUAUACCUGACGGUGGAUUCCCAGCAAAUAGAGGAGCAAUACAAACAGGCUGUGAACACAGUUAAUCAAUCUCUGAAGGGUGUAAACUGUACAUCAGACAUAUUAACAGAAGGUAUUUUGUGCUUCAAUUCAAGCAGAACAACAGUCAACAGUCAAGACAUUGAUGUAUCAGGCCUGUGUUCAACAGUGGAUACAAUUCCUGAGGAGUUCCAUCAGUAUUUUUAUGGUGUUAUAUCCCCCAGCGUUGGAUUCCAGUGUGUGACCAACUGUAGUAAUACUAACCAACAAUUCAUAGACUGUAACAUGGGGCAAUGCCUGGUGAACAACAAAGGACCCAAGUGCUAUUGUGAGACGUCAAGCCAGUUCUGGUAUACAGGAGACCAGUGCCAGAUGGCUGUCAGUAAAGCCGGUGUCAUUGGUGGGGUGGUUGCUGGUCUUGUUGUGAUUCUUAUCGUUAUCGUGAUCCUGGCUGUAUGUUUGCGACGAAGAAGACAUGCUUCUGACAAGUUACGGUUGACAGAUCCAGAGGGAGAAUGGCAUCAAAGAGAGAAUGAAAAUAAGCAUUCUUUACCUACGUACUACAACGAUGAAAAAACUGCUCCUAGCAAAUAUAUUUUGGAGAGGCCGGAUGAAAACGACAUGGCAGCUAUUGUCCUUACCUCGGAUGGACCUGGGUCAGAAUCUCAAAGUUCUGGGUCAGGAAGCUUUUAUCCUUCGUUGGAUGGUGUAAACCCAUAUUUAAAGAUGGUUACUCCAAGACCCCAACUGAAUAACUAGCCAAUACCUCGAGCAUUUCAUCCCCUGACAUCAUUGCUUUGGUAUCAAAAUAUCCUGAAUAUUGGAAGGAGAGUUUUCAUUUAAGAAAUAAAAAAAACAGCAACAUUCCUUUAUGUACUAAUCCAAUAUUCAGCGCAUAUCAAAAAUAUGACCUGUUUAGUUACUUUUUUUCUUACCUAAAGUAUAUCUAAAGUUAAUGGGGUUGUAAAGGUUCGAUUUUUAUUUUCUA